AUGGCCACCAGCUCCAAGGUGUUUAAGAAGACCUGCUCCAACGGGAAGCUUUCCAUCUACCUGGGAAAACGGGACUUUGUGGACCACAUAGACUCAGUGGAACCCAUUGAUGGUGUUGUCCUGAUUGACCCUGAGUACUUGAAAGAUCGAAAAGUGUUUGUGGUACUGACUUGUGCCUUCCGCUAUGGCCGGGAUGAUCUGGAUGUGAUCGGUCUAACGUUCCGCAAAGACCUCUAUGUACAGGCUCUGCAAGUGUUCCCCAAAGAGCCCACUCAGGCACCACUGGCCCUCACAACCCUUCAAGAAGGCCUGCUGCACAAGCUCGGAGACAAUGCCCAGCCUUUCACUUUCCAGCUGCCCACCAAUCUACCCUGUUCAGUGACUCUGCAGCCUGGGCCCGAGGAUGCUGGAAAGGCCUGUGGAGUGGACUAUGAAGUGAAAUGUUUCUAUGCUGAGAAUUUAGAAGAGAAAAUCCACAAGAGGAACUCUGUACGUCUGAUCAUUCGGAAGGUGCAAUUUGCCCCCCUGGACCUAGGCCCCGGGCCCCGGGCCGAGACUACCCGGCACUUCCUUCUGUCUGACCACCCCCUGAAGCUAGAAGCUUGGAUGGACAAGGAGGUUCACUACCACGGGGAAGCCAUCUCCAUCCAUGUUGCCGUCAACAAUGGCAGCAACAAGCUCAUCAGGAAGAUCAAGGUGGCAGUGGAACAGAUUGUCAAUGUCAUCCUCUACUCUGGGGACAAGUACACCAAGACUGUGUUUGCUGCAGAAUUUGGAGAGACCAUAGCUGCCAAUUCCACCUUCUCCAAGAGCUUCCCAGCGACUCCAAGCCUGGCUGCCAACCGCCAGAAACAGGGUCUGGCCUUGGAUGGCAAACUUAAGCAUGAAGACACCAAUCUGGCCUCUAGCACCAUCCUUCAGCCUGGCACAGACAAAGAGGCGCUGGGGAUCCUGGUGUCCUACCAAGUCAGGAUCAGCAUAGCUGUAUCUCGUGGAGGCAUCCUAGGAGACCUGACAUCCAGUGACAUGAGUGUGGUGCUUCCCUUGAGCCUGAUGCAUCCCAAACCAUCUUAUGGUGAUGAGGAUAUCAUCAUUGAAGACUUUGCUCAGCAAUGGCCAAAGCUCCAGGGGCCAGAUGAGAUUGAGGAAGAGGGUGCCACCACUGCCCCUGGGGCUGAGGACAACUGA